AUGGUCAACUUAAUAUCACCAUUUUUGUUAUUACAGCUUAUUAUCAUAAUUUCUGCCAAAACGUACAUUAUUGUUGACGAAACUCUCAUUGAAAUCAAGACACCUUGGUACAUGCAUGUACAGACUGAACAUUACGAGCGUGGGCAAUGGCUGGUUCAAGCUUAUUCAAAAACAUUUAAUGAUUUUUGUCCGGAAAUUAAAAAUCCACUCCAGGUUUGGUAUUAUUUGAUGAAGGAUGUUAAAGGAUGUGUAGUUCUUAAAGGGGAAAUGUAUGAAUUUGACAUGCAAGCAAUAUCGUUUCCAGAUAAGCUUUUAAAUGCAAUACCAAAUCAUUAUACAGGCAAAUGGAGAUGUGUGGUUCAUUCAGCAUUUAAUGUUAAUGGAGAAAAGAAGAUGGACUGCAAAAGUAAUAUUUAUUUCAUUAUUCUAGAACAAGAACGUUGUGUAGUCGAUGGCUACGACAAUGAUUUUGAGACCUUUGAUUAUUCAAAUUUUCAUAUCAUUCCGGAAAAUGACACACAUACAUUCAUUAAUGGAUCCUUGAAAGCUCUUCUAGACAUCAAAACUCCUUGGUACAUUCAUGUCCAUACUGAACAUUACGAACGUGGCAAAUGGUUACUUCAAGCUUUUACAAGAACCUACAAAGACUUUUGUCCUGAAUUUAAAAAUUCUCUCCAAGUUUGGUACUACAUUACUAAGAAUUAUAAAGGAUGUGUGAUUCCAAAAGGGAAUAUCUUUGAAUAUGAUAUGAUAUCAUUGAGCUUUGAUGAGGUCCUGUUGAGGGCUAUCCCAAAUCAUUACGUUGGAAAGUGGAGAGCUGUGGUUCAUGGAAUGUUUACUGUUGAUGGUGUUGAGAAGUUGGACUGCAAGAGAUAUUAUGCAAAUGUUUAUAUUGAAUAA